AUGGCCUUAGAGGCCAACAAUGAAGCCAUACAGUGCAAAGUUUUCUCCACAACUUUCUCUGGGCCAGCCCUGCUGUGGUUCAGGCAGUUGAAACCUGGUUCUGUCAGCAGUUUCGGUGAUCUUCGCAAAGCCUUUCUCCAACAGUAUAGUGCUAACCGCGAGGCACCGAGAACGAUGGCAGAUCUCUACCGAAUCGAGCAAGGGGAAAAUGAACAUCCAAAAUCAUACCUCCAACGUUGCAUUGACCUUGUACAUCAGAUCCACGAUGUCGAACCAGUCACCGUGACUAACCUCUUCGUCAAAAGCUUAAAGGUGGGAUCUCUCUUACACGAAAACCUCACCAUGACACCACCUUAUGACAUGGCUGAGAUUCAGAUCCGUGCCGAGCGCAUCUUUAGGGUCCUGGAAUUUUGA